AUGCCAACACUAGAGGAAUUCCGACGCACUGUGAUGCUACAGAACAAGCCUGUUGUUAUCACGGGAGCGAUGGAGUUCUGGCCCGCGCUGGGACGUGCAGCAGGACCGGAGCGAGCGUGGAAGAGCGUGGAGUAUCUUCGUCGAAUUGCUGGACUCCGAACAGUGCCGGUUGAGAUUGGCUCGAGCUAUUUGGGAGACGAUUGGGGGCAAGAACUCAUGACGUUAAACGAGUUCCUGGACCGACAUAUUAUCCCACCACUAGCAGAAGAGAACGACCACCCUGUCUCACCUAGAAAGCUGGGAUACUUGGCACAACACCGCCUGUUUGACCAGAUCCCAGCACUAGGACGCGACAUCAUGACCCCCGACUAUUGCACUGUGCAGCGCGAUGAAGACGCUGGCGAUGAAGAAGACAUAACGAUCAACUGCUGGUUCGGGCCAGGUGGGACCGUGUCACCUCUGCAUUUCGAUCCGAAAGACAACGUUCUCUGCCAGGUCGUAGGCUCCAAGUAUCUUCGACUAUACGCGCCGGAAGAAAGUGACAAGCUCUACCCAAUCGAAGGUCUGCUGUCCAACACGAGCUUGGUACAAGUGGAAGAUCCAGACGACGAGAGAUUCCCCAAGUUCCGGAACGCGAGAUACGUCGAGUGCGUCCUGCACGAGGGUGAAAUGCUCUACAUCCCUCCCAAGUAUUGGCACUACGUUAAGUCUCUCUUCACCAGCUUCUCUGUGAGUUUCUGGUGGUCAUAG